AUGCGGACAGGUGCUGCUGAUGCCAUUCAUGGUAGUCCUAAUCCUUCGUGUGGUGGAGGUGGGGGAGGAGGCAAGGCAAUUUUGUUGGGCUCACAAUUUGAUGGAGUUUUCGUUGCCUAUCAUAUCCGGGAGAAUAGAUGGGUACGAUUAGAGGACUUCUCCUAUUCUUUCCUUUUGGAACUGUUGUUAGAAUCAUCCUGUGGUUCACAUCCAGUGGCUGUAGGCCCUACUUUGGCCUGGGUUGGGAGUAGUUAUUUCUAUGUGUAUGAUCUCCGUUACCGAAUCUCCUACGCUGGGUUUGUACGUGGCCUUGGUAACAAUAUUCAAUACCUCCUGCAGAACAUGGACUCUGCACUAUAUAAACCGGCACUUCAUUAUUUAGAGGGUGAUGUCUUCUGCUUGACAUGGUUCAACUUCCCCGAGGGAGACACAUUUACUCGACUUCACAGCACCAUGAUCCGGGUUCCUGUUAACAACCCCCCGUCCCCAUUCUUGCCUGGCUAUCAUUUGCUGGAUCCCUUCGUUGUGAUUUCCCGGUCUUAUCUCCUGCCUUAUGGUUUCAAUUACCAGUGCAGCUUGCUCUUGGAUGGUUUUGUGUGCGGUCAUAAGUUGAUUUAAGAGGGAGUUGCCUAUGACAGUCCGAUUACCUCUUUGUAUGUCUUUCUUUUUUCCUUUUUCUGUUUUGCUUGUACCUCAUAGUCGGGCUGCUUGUUUUCCAGGGUGCACAUGCAUUUUUUCCAAUCUCUUUGUCCUCAUCAAGUGUGGGGCUACAUACAUUUUAGUGGGAUCACCUGUGCCCACUCAACAUUCCGGGGAAAAAAAUGAAACAUCCUCGUAGUUUGAAUCUUGCUCAUCAUCUAAUCUCAUUUUUUGUUCUUCAGUCCAUGAAAUUGUUUUCCGCCCCUUUAGGAUUUUGUGGAAGAGCGUCAAACCUCUUAGACCGUCUCCAGCAGUUUGUUGCUCAGUUUGCCUUAGAACCCGAGUUAAAGUUCAUUGGCUAUGAAAAGACUCCAACAGGCAAACUCCAAUCUUUGAGUAAAACCAGAGUAGAAGCUUAAUUAGUGACAAAGCAGUAAAUUGGAAGACAUAAUGUCGCUAUGAAAAUUGUCAGUGAUAGAAAGAGCCAGUCUUUUAUUUGAGCUCCAAUAUGAGUUAACUUCAUUUUGUUAUUGCCCUUGAAUUUAGUCGUGCUUAUACAUCUUGUCGCAAAUAAUGGGGUAGAUAUAUACAUUCACAUAAACAAAGACGAGAAAUGAAGAGAUGUUUUAAGAAGGGGAGUGUGAAACUCAUGUCCCUUCUUUUUUUGUGUGUGUGUGUGCAACUAGAAGUUUUGUAGGUUCAAUUAUAUCCUGUUGGUUCAUCAAACCCCUUGCCAGUGCCAAACUUUGACAAGAGAUGACCAAAUGUGGUGUGACAUUGGUUGGGCAAAAGUUUUCUCACGAUCUGGUUGAAGUCAUUGCUUAUCCAGGUUUGGCUUUGCAAAAUUUGACAUUGCAUCAUCAAAUGUCCAGUAUGCCUAAUGCUUUCGAUCUGACCUUAGACAAAGGAGUAGUUGUGCCAAAAUGCCGGCUGCACAUGGGGACCAACGUCGCCAGAAAACGGGAAAAUAGGACUGUGGUAAGCUAAAUUUUAGCAUUACUAUUGCCAAACUGACACAAAAAAUGGUGACACCCUUGGCCGAUUUCAUUUCCUUAAAUCUCUUCUAGUAAUGUAGAAUGCUGGCUAGGAAUUAGGAAACUACCCGCUUCCAUUAUGAAACCAUUGGAUGUUUUUUCUCUAAGUAGGGGCUAGCAUUUUGGAGGGAAGGGGUGUGUAGUACCGUUGGUGCUUGUAAAGAAGUGACUCUGGGAGCUGCUCUUUAUGGCAGAGAGUCUAGGGCUCUAGGCAAGAAGAGAAAAUGGUGUGUU